GGGCAGCCCCGCCGCUUCCUGCCCGUGCGGGGCGGGGCCGGACAGUGCGGGCCAUGGCGGGCCGGAACCCGGGCACCGAGCUGGAACUUGGCUGGAUCUCAAAAGUGUAUGUGAAUCGACCUGCAGUGGUGAGGCAUGCAGAACAAAUUAAAAAAUGGAAAACUGUGAAAGGUAAUUGGCAAGCAGCUUGGCUGCUGAAAGCUGUCACCUGCAUAGACCUCACCACUCUCUCGGGCGAUGAUACUCCUUCAAAUGUUCAAAGACUSUGCUUUAAAGCAAAGCACCCUAUCAGAGAGGAUCUGCUCAAAGCCUUGGACAUGCAUGAUAAAGGUAUCACCGUUGGAGCAGUGUGUGUGUAUCCUGCCAGAGUCUCCGAUGCCGUGAACACCCUAAAAGCUGCACGGUGUAACAUUCCAGUGGCUUCAGUGGCUGCUGGGUUUCCAUCUGGACAAACUCCUCUGGAGACCAAACUGACUGAAAUMAGGCUGGCAGUGGAAUAUGGUGCCACAGAGAUUGACAUUGUCAUCAGCAGGAGCCUGGUGCUCACAGGCCAGUGGGAAGCUCUGUACGAGGAGAUCCGUCUGUGCCGUGCAGCCUGUGGAGAUGCUCACAUGAAAACAAUCYUGGCCACGGGUGAACUGGGGUCCCUUGCUAAUGUCUACAAAGCCAGCAUGAUUGCUAUGAUGGCAGGUUCUGAUUUUAUAAAGACAUCUACAGGAAAGGAGGUGGAAAACGCGACCUUUCCMGUUGGCAUAGUCAUGAUGCGAGCCAUUAAAGAAUACUACUGGCAAACUGGCUACAAGGUUGGGUUUAAGCCUGCUGGGGGCAUUCGGACAGCCAAAGAAGCCAUCACGUGGCUGAUGCUGGUGAAGGAGGAGCUGGGUGUGGAGUGGUUGACCCCAGAGCUCUUCCGCCUGGGUGCCAGCAGCUUACUGGGGGACAUUGAGCAGCAGAUUUUCUAUCAUGUGACUGGCUCUUAUCCACUUCAGCAUGAACUGGCAAUGGCUUAGAGACACAAAACCAACUCAGGAUUACUUUUACAAAAGAGGUCUUUAAGCAAACAGCAUUCAGAAGUCUUCUGACAACCAAGUGCAUACGAUAGAAUUAAAGGCCUAAUUCUUCCUUCUUCAUAGUUUAUGGUAUUUAAAAAUAUGCUCAAGUCUGCUGCUUGUACUUGAUCCAAAAGCAGAAAAAAGUGGCAUUUCUGAAAUAGUUAAAUAGUUAAUACUUACAGAUUGGCAAAGUUAAUCUUGCAAAGUUCCUCAGACCAGCCUGAAAAGCUUAUUAAUGGCAACACUGAAAUACUAUGAAAAAGAUUUAGGUGGCCUGGUAACAUUUUGCAGUCUCAGAAUAUGAAAUAUCUGUGGAAUGUUUCAGAUUGCUAAUUAAGAGCUACUGAUCUUGGAAUAGAUUUCCAUUCACCUCAGACAAAAUCUUCUGGCACAGAUGUGUUGCACUAUUAAUCGUUCUGUUGAUUCAGAUUCAAGCAUUGUAACGGGAAAGAAGAAUGAAUCCUGGCUAUUACUUCUCUUUUAUAAAAUGUCUUCUUGUAGCAAAAAAAAAAAAAAAAUCCCAAACCAGACCUCUUUUUUAUUUUUUGUAUUUUUCUCCCCAAACUUGGGCACAGACAUCCAUAUUUAGACCCUUGAAUAAAAGUGGCUUGAUUUCUAGAACAGCUGAGUAUCCACAGUUGCUCCUGAAGUUAAUGGGAGCUCUGGGUGAUCAGAACAACUGAAAAUCAAGCAGUCUCUAUAUAGGUGCUUAACUAUGCAUUCAGGGGCCUAUUUUUAGGCAUUUCACUCUUAAAAUUUUAGUCUAACUUGCUUAGAAGCUCCAGUUCCUGUCUCCUGUCAUUUUAAAACACAUUCAUGCAAAUCUUUCCAUUUUAAUGUGAGGGGGGGUUUGACUGUCAGUUUGCAGGUGUCACUGCUAGGCUGGCUGAACUUCAACUUUGCCGUUCCCAAAGAAAUACUGUAAUUUAGAAGAUGAUCUGAAUUGUGUCCUAUGUGGGGUUUAAUGCUUUAGUGUAAAAAAUGUGCUUUUCUCAGAGCACGUUAAGAAUAAUACCCAAAUCAUCAACACCUUUUGAAUAYCAGACUGGAGCUAGUAGAUUCAUUAUAUCAGAACUGCAUUCUGCUCACUAACCAGAGUUGUACUAAAAACUUAAUUAUCUUAUCAUCAUGACUAGUCUCACUGACUUAAGUAGGUCUCAUCAUGGGAGUAAGAGGAGGAGGAGGAUGAUUUUGCUGUAAAUCAAGCUACAAGGUGCAUUUAUUACAAAGAGAUUUAUUAUAAAGAUAAUAACUCAGUUAUUUAUCUGGCUAUACCACCUGAAUCACUAGUGUGCUACAAAACACCUUGGACAGAUAGGAAGGAUGAUUAGGGGGGAAAAAAUCAAGAAAAACAACGUAUGCAGAAAGCAAAAUCCUAUAURUAGUGCUGAGGAUUAAAAAAGGGCCUUAAUUUCUCAGGAAGUAGUUCAUCCARAGCUUUCAGUCUUUUUCUGCUUUASGUUUCAACACAGAAGGUGAGGCUGAGCUGUGACUCUAUUUUCAGUUUUCCUGAAAAGCGGCCCUUUUUACCAUGAGUUUUCCUUCUGAUUUCAUUGCCACUUUUAUCAAGGAAACAUCCAAGUGCCUGUCUGUGUGAUGAGAGGAAAAUUCUGCUGCUGAGCUUUCAGAAACACAGAAUCUGUUCCAUGAAGUCGGGAGCCACCAGGUGCUUGCCAGGCUGACCCUCUGCCGUGCCCUCCCCGCAGCCACACGCUGCAUUUUGCUGCUGUUUAGCUCAAGCUGUGUAAAUGUUAUUAAAUAUUAUAAAUGCCCAUACUUUCAUAGCAGGAUGUGAUGCCACUUGCAAACUACACUUUUUUAUUGUUGGUUGUAGGGUGAAGAUAGAAACUAUUUUUUUGGAGAUGCUUUAGUUUCUAGGUGGAGGACUCUGUGUAGUGCCUUAAAAUGAGCAGAGGUGCAGCUUUGUCCCCUCUGUGUGUARGGUGAGUCCCUGGGAACAGCCUCACUGUCUCCAUGGGAGCUGUGCUGAUGAAAGAAGCUGCCAGGAGGAAUUCUGUCAGCAGCUCCCGUUUUGAUGUGCWCAUGGGCUGCUGCUGCUGACUUCAGGCUCCUUUUGCAGAGGGAGAGGUUCCUGAAAAGCUGAGGAUAGCCACUUCCCUUUUCCAUGAACAUUCAAAACAUAGCUCUGUGAAAUACCCUGCAACUCCAAGACAGCCAGUGUUUUGGGAGAAGCUGGACUGGAAAGUAUUUAUACUUUUUUUUUUUCUUCUGUUGAAACCUUUAUAUUUUUGUCAAAAAAAAGAAAGCAAGCAACAGAGUCUGUGAACACAUCCAAAUAAAGAUGAUUCUGGUC